GUGGUCCGGUCUACGGUGACAGGGCUGAGGGAUCCGUGUGUGACUCUGGGCAGAAUGAACGGCUAAAACAUGGACGUGCAACAAAUGUAAAAUAUAAAACAACAUUUGGACCAUGAAGGCGGUUAGCGUGGCCUUUUAUGGGCUCGCUCUGGGGCUGCUGGCGAUCGGCCUACGAGAAUUACUCACCGGUUUCGAGGAGAAUAGAUGCAGCAUGACUUAUAUGUUUGAAUAUCCAGAGUACAGGCGAGUGUCUUUAUCUCGGCGAGUGACCAGACUGUACCCGGCCUACGGGCUCUACCUGUACGGAGAGGGGGUGUACGCCCAGGAAACCCGCAACCUCAAACUCAGUGGUGCCCCGGUUCUCUUCCUGCCUGGGAAUGCUGGAAGUCACAAACAAGCUCGUUCCUUGGGCUCUGUUGCUUUGAGAAAGGCCGAGAACAUGGAUGGAGGUCUCCAUUUUAACGUCUUCACUGUGGACUUCAAUGAGGAGCUGGUGGCGCUUUACGGAGGCAGUUUGCUCAGACAGACCCACUUCUUACACGAGAGCAUUAAGGCCAUUCUGCGGCUCUACAAGCACCUGAAGUCUCCUCCUCAGAGCGUCGUGUUGGUGGGUCACUCGAUGGGGGGAGUGGUGGCUCGGGCUUUGUUCACUUUACCCAAAUUCAACCCAAACCUGGUGACCCUGAUCAUCACCCAGGCCUCUCCACACGUAGCUCCAGUGCUGGGGCUGGACCCGUACCUGCUCAAUUUCUACCGAGCAGUGAGGCAGAAGUGGUUAAACUCGGAGCGUCUCAAAAACGUGACGGUGCUGUCGGUGGGAGGAGGAUACAGAGACUUCCAGGUCCGCUCUGGUCUUACCUCUCUCCCUUGCUCCUUGGACGACCCCCACAAGAUAUCACUGGUGGUAACUGCUGUCCCUCGUACUUGGGUUUCCACCGAUCACUUAUCAAUUGUCUGGUGUAAAGAGCUCGUACUUGCCACUGUGAGGGCCUUCUUCGACCUUCUCGACCCCGCCACAAGACAGUUCACAGAGGACCCAGAGAAGAAAAUGAGAGUACUGAACCAUCACUUUAUCAGACAUCCUGUGAGUCCAGUGGGAGAGACUCAGAUAACCACUGCUUCUUUCUUGGAAUCCCCUGAAGCCUGGAGUGAAGUAAACACACUGCGUUUGGCCUACACCACACCAAAGGAAGGACAAGUGAAGUACUUCCUGUUCGCUCUGUCCAGUCGGAGAAAAGCGUACAGCCAUUUCUACUGUCGGAGCAGUGGACUGGACAUGACCAGUUGGGUGUACGGCUGCAUGCAGAAAAACGGUUCCUCGUGUGCACAUGCGGUGGAUCUGUCAAUGGGAACAGAAUACCUUCCUCCUUACAAGGUGUUGGUUCUUGAUCUGAAUGACUUGUCCACGUUCACUCAUCUGGUUGUGGAUGCCUCGACUGUCAGUGGAAAACAGUUCACAGUGGAGUGUGAGUGGCAGCGACAGCAGUCUCAGUCUCAGACCAUAACUUUACCUGUGCCACAUGUGCUUUCAGUUGGUUUGACUGUCAGUGAUGUUACAGUCAGCUCCUCUGGCCUUCUCCACACCAUUCAACUACAGCAUUUUCACCAGGUUUAUCAGGCUUUUAGAAUCACUGUUGCCAGUCACUGCAAGAUGCCCAAAGAGAGAUUGUCUGAUGUCUAUAGACUCAAAGUACCAUGGUUUCGUGAAGACUCACUAACCACUGUCAGUGCACCAUCAGUGACAGAGAUCUCAGGGAUGCUUCACACAAGUCGCCCAGACAAUUCUUCUAGUGCCAUUUUUCAGCUCCACACUGCCCCCAACUGCCAAUACAAGGUGUCUGUGAGGACAUCUUUACCCAAAGUGCUGGGGCAGGUGCUGAGGUUCUGUGGUCCAACAGUGCCAGUGUACACAGCUGUAACGCUCCUCCUCGCCUGUGGGAGGCAGCUGACCUUAAUCCUGAACUCAAAAGAAACUACAAGUAUGAGCCAAGCAGUGGCCAAAAGCUUUGAGCCUCAUAAAGUCGUCCUCCCUGUUUACGUCCUACAUGUGUUACUAAGCUGUCGCUGGUUUGAGGAGCUCUGGUCUUUUCUUCUCCUCCCUCACAUGGACUCCCUCACUCCCACUGUCCCAGACUCGUCUCUCACUGAGCAUCUGUCCCCAGAGGAGUGGCCCUACCUCCUGUCUCUGCUCCUGUACCUGAUGGGAGCCGCGGUGGCCUUCUGGGGCAGUGCUCUGCUGCGUAUCGCUAUCCGUGUGCUAUCGCUAAUAUUAGCUCUGCUGCACAGACCCUCAGUCUCCAGAGAUUGUGGCACACUCCCACUGUGGACCCAGCUCCUGGUCGCUGUGUCUCUCACUGUUUUGGGCAGCGUCAUGUGUGGAGCUCUGUCCAUAUUCACUGCCUUUAUGUUCCACCUGUACAGGGUGCUGAGGCUCCAGAUGACGGAGAGGUCGCUCAGGCACAUGCUCAAUCUGGCUCCACAGAAGCACAAAAAGUCUGAGAAUGGCAGUGUGGACGCUGAGUCUCUGUCCAAACCCUCUGAGUGUAACGGGACGCCCCUGCUCUCCGAGGGGGUGCUACAGGAGGUGAGGGGCGACCUCCAGCUGCACCUCUGUCUAUCCGUCCUCUUCACCGUUCCACUCAUCCUCAGUGCUCCCUCCCUCCUGCACUGGAUACGCAACAUGAGGUAUAGCUCACAGCUGGAUCCUGACCCUUGCUGGCCUCACUAUGUGCCUCUCAUCGUCUCAUACUUGUUGCUGAUCAACUGCAACACAGAAACGUUAGGCAAAAGUAAACUGUUGCGUUUGGCCUCGUUGCUGCCUCUACCAUUGGCUGUUGCGAUGUUGAGUUUCUCCGCUCUCCAUCUCUACAGAAUCACGUACUUCUUAUUGGCGGUGCUGGUGCCCAUGGCCUUAUGUUGUGCUCUUUGACGGUACACCUUUACCACAACGAGCCUUUUUAUCUAAGUUACAGAUUGACUCAAACUAGAGCAGGUCAUAGAUGGAUUGCGUUCACUGUCUAAAAUCAAGGAAAAGGGACAGUGUCGAUAUAAAUAAAUAGAAGAUACGUUAUAGUUGUUAUACACGCGAGGAAACGUGAUGUCGUCUCAGCAACUCAACAGUUUAGAAUCAAAGAGUUGCCGGUUUGAAUCCCACCCGAGCACAUUCUAUAGUUGUGUUCCUGAGCGAGACACUUCACAAUUAUGACAAGAUUAUCUGGAUAAUCUCAGCAAUUGUGAGAGUGUUUUGUUUUGUGGAUAUUUUUGUGUGCAAUUUUACAUGUUUUUUUUUACACUGUAUGAAUGCACAUUGUGUUGUGUGUCCUGAUUGGCUAAGGGACUGUAGACCAUUGUGUUGUGUGUCCUGAUUGGCUGUUGGACUGUAGACCAUUGUGUCGUGCGUCCUGAUUGGCUGUUGGACUGUAGACCAUUGUGUUGUGCGUCCUGAUUGGCUGUUGGACUGUAGACCAUUGUGUUCUGCGUCCUGAUUGGCUAAGGGACUGUAGACCAUUGUCAAUCAGGACGCAGAACACAAUGCACGUUCAUACGCUGUAAAAAAGCAUGGAAAAUCGUACUAAAAAAAAACGCAAAACAGCGAGUCUGCGAAAGGUGAACCAUGAUAUAAUGAGGGACAACUGUACACUAAAAAUAUUGUUACAUCUUACAUAUAUUGAACGAUGUAGUAAUUAUUGUGACAGGCUUAAUUAUUAACAUUUUUUAUCUGCUUACUUUUAAUAUUGUCACACAGAAGCAGACUCGGAGUAGUGAAUAAUCUUGGACAUUUAACAAUACACAAGUUGUACCUUUCCAUCUCUCAAUUACAAACCGCUGGCUCUUUUGAAUGUAACGACAAAACGUGAACGCAACCUAUUCUUGGCCGUACCUGACAGAGCUAUAGACGUACAUUAGUGAUCUGCUUGUUUUGAAUCAGCAUCAAUUGUUCCAGCCAUUUCUCUAUGUUUUAAUAGGACAAAAUGUGACGUUGGAAUCUGCCUUACAACUGUAUGUAUAUCUAUGGCUCUGUCGUUGAUUAAUAUGGGAGUAGAUUAUUUUUGGAGGAUUUUACUGUUAAAUCGUGUCAACAGUGGCUUAGUUCAUUGUGAUACUUAUGCUGUAUAAUCUCACACUGCCAACAGCUUAGCAUAGACUCUAGAUGUCUUUACCUGCUGACUGUUUAUAUAAAUACUCAACACUAGUAAUAUUUAUUUUACACAACAGAAGUCCAAAGGAAAUCAUAUUCACAUCCAUGUUUUGUGUAUUUAUAAUAAUCGACGGACUGAAGUAUACACGGGAAUAGUUUGAUUUGUUUUGGUUCAGACCAGUGAAACAGGAGUCUUAACAAAAGACGAAGUUUAAAUCUGUCAGUUGAACAAAUUGUUUUUGCUGCUCAUCCAAGCUGCUUCUUCAGUUCUGGUCAGAUUGCCAGGACAAAAGCCAGAGCCAUAAACAACGCAAUCUGUCUACUCCAUUCAGUGAAGAGUGCAGUGAGCGUUACACUGGAGAAACUAAACAGACACUCCAUAAGAGAAUGGACCAACACGAGAGAGAGCAGCUCAGGACCACAGUCUGCUGUUCAUCUACAUAAGAGAAUAAACAGAGAGAGAACAGCUCAGGACACAGUCUGCUGUUCAUCUACAUAAGAGAAUAAACAGAGAGAGAGCAGCUCAGGACACAGUCUGCUGUUCAUCUACAUCUCAAAGACACUGACCACGAAAGAAUAAGAGAGUGAGGUUCAGAUCUGAGCUAGAGAAAAGAAAUGGCUUGAGAGGAGAGUUAAAGAAGCUUUUUAUUAGGAAAGACAGCCCUUCCUUAAACAGGAAUGGAGGCCUUAGACAUCAUCUCUCACUGAUCUACAAAUCCAUCCCAAAACACCCAAAACAAAGAGAACAAUAGCAGGGUCGUUAAAGGUUGAACAGGGUCUUUAGCCCCUCAUUUCAGACAGAUAUAAGGCCGUGUCCAGCAGUAAUCUGACCUGAACUGAAGAAGCGGCGUGGACGAGCAGCUAAACGUCUUCACUCAUACAACGAUUUGUCCAGUUGACAAAUUUAAUUUAGUCUUUUGCUGUGGAUCAGACCUGGACUGAGAGAUUACACAGACAAACAGGAGUCUUGUAGCUUUUGCACAGUUCAGGAUUCAGCGCGAGGUAAAGAAAUAGUUGUCUGUCGUGUGGGGUUAAUAGAACUAAUAGAACAGUAUCAUCUCAUCUUCUACACUUUAUUUAUAUAGUAGUAAAAUAAACAAAUACAUAGAAAACUAUAAUUUAAUAGAGUCUUAAUCAAAAAUAGUUAAUAAAAUAAAUACAAUCAAAUGACUAAGACACCGAAGACCAGCCAGAGAAUGAAAGUGAUGACCUGCUAAUCUAUGUAUUAUAUGAUCUAGAGAUUAAUAUUGAAUCAAAUGCAUAGAACAUAUUGACCAGCAGGUGGAGCCCCUGUGAGCCCUUAAAUAGUUUUGUAAAUUGAUUUUUAUAAACAUUAUUACAUAAGAAAUAGUCAAUUUUGUUACUUAAGUAAAAAGUAAAACUACAGAUACUGGUGCAAAAAAUACCCAAGUAAAAGUAAAAUUAUCACACGAAAAAAUGUAGUAAAAGUAUUGAAGUAUUUAAAGAUGUACAAAGUAAAAGUAUUUUGUGCAUAUUUUUAGGUCUUGAGGUUAAAUGUAGUGAUUUUGAAAGAGAUUUGUGAUUCAGAAAAAACUGAAUCGAUUUUUUUUUUUUAUAUCUAUUUUUAUGUUUUUAUAUUUUUGUUUUGCUUAAACUACGACUGUGUUAAAAAUAAACCCUCGGCCUUUUCAGCAAGUUUCAAACAAUAAAGAAAAAUACUUUUACUUUUCAGUCCAGUUAAAAAAAAUGUAGUAAAGUAGAAAGUACAGAUACUGAAAUGUACUGAAGUAAAAGUAACAUUCCACCACUGAUAAUACAGGAGUUUUACAGAAAGAUGGAGCUGGAACAGGUCAUCAGAACAACUGUGACUAUACUAAUCGUAAUUUAGAUUAUUGUUAUUUUUUUCUGAGACUCCAAUGACAUUUUAUUACAAACACAGAUGCAUUAUUAAAUUAAAAUGUCAAAAUAAUAAACAAUCUAAAAUUUUCAUUAAUUUGAAUCUUUUAUUUGGUUAAAAUGUUUUUAAAAAUCUCAAUAUAAUAGAAGUAAUAGUUGAUUUAUCCAAAUAUAAUCGCUAACUAUUAAAAUGACCAUUAGUGGCUUUUGUAUUGUCAUUUAAACUUGAAUUACAAAACACAAUUGGACACCAUUAAGAUUCAGCUUUUAGAAACACUUUCAGUUUAAACCAUUCACAGUUUUGCGUAAAAGUAAAGUCUGAUCAUUUUUAUUUGGGGACUCUUUGCUUAACGUCACUGUAAAAUAUCUUAGUUUGGGACCAGUUUCUUCCACUGUUGUUCUUUGUGAAUGUAGCUGCACUGAAUGUGUGUGACUUCAUGUUGGUGAAGUGAAGCUUUCGUGCACUUGUGCUUAGUGCAGUUUUGUGCCGUGAGAUGCACAUUUUUUGCCUUGUCGUGAAACAGGUGGAAAACUUUAUAGGUUAAAAAGUAGAACAAAUUAUGAACAUGUUUUCUAGAACUGUUAAUGUAUUUUCUAUGGUGUUCACUGUGAUCAUAUCAAAGAUUGUUGAUGACUUAUUUGAUUUUUAAUAAUACAGGAGUGUCUUUUUUUUAUUUGCCAAACGUCGCCAAGUUUCAGCAAAGCAUCAGGAUCAAAAAACAUUUAAUUCAACUACUUCUUGUAUCAUUAGAAGUUACAUAAAGUUGUAUUAUGUAACUUCUAGUGGGAGGUUCGCCAUCAACUUGUCUUCUUGGAGAUUUUAUCGCAUUGCCUCGAAUGUUCCACAGUUUGACAUUUAACGUUAUUCAAAUGAGUUUUUAUUACUUAAAAAUAAACACGCAUCACAUUUUUAUACAGCGCUUUUCCACCUUCAAGGCUUAAAGCGUCAAGAAACCGCUCACACAUACCGGGGACGAGGGCGGUUAAGUGUCUUGCCCAAGGACACAGUGGCAGUAUUCAUCUGUGGGAGCGGGAUUCGAACCGGCAACCUUUGGCUCAGAGGACGAUCACUCCACCAACUGAGCUACUACUUUGGAAAUAUGCGUUGUAGCUGUGAGUGGGUCGCCUCUCCACAGAUUUGACCUGUAAUGGCCUGGUGGUGUCACUGUGGAACAUUCUGCUCACAGACAGUAGCGGCCCCUCCACCAGAAACGUCACACGGUGCAAUUUUGAAGUUACGUUUAGUUAUUUUUGUGAUUUAAUUCAAAAACAAUAACUGUCCUUCUGUGGCUUAUAUCUUCUAACAUGUUGUGAUCACUGCAGUGUGUUUCAUGAACUAAACUUAACUGUUCACUGAAUAAUCACAUGUAAAAUCACUGUUUUUGUGCUUUAAGUGCUUUAAAAUGUGGUGACUGGUCUAGUUUCCUUUGCGUCUGCCUCCAGCGGCGCUAAACGCUCUUCUUAGCUGCUGUUUGUGCAGAGUCGGUUCAUUUUGUAACGAUGCACCAUACAGACUUACAUGUGGUGUUUUCAGUUCACUUUCUAAAGCCGCUCUUGUGUGAAGAGUGAACGUAUAACCCCUCAGGUUUAGGCUUUUGUUAAAAUGAGCUAAUUUGUUAUUGUAAAAUACUGUAUCUGUCAUUUUUUUAUCUGAUGUUACUGUAUAUGGGUAAACUGUGCAAUUUUUUCGCACUAAUGUUGUUGGAAUAAAAUAUAUAAACACA